CUAGGGACCAGGUCGGCCUUGUGCCCAGCGGGGUCCCCAGCCCCCAGCUCAAGGGCAGAGGGCCCCCCAAAUGUUGAAAGACAGGAACAGAGGCUUUGGGUUCGGGCUGGCGGUGUGAGGGCCCAGAGUGUGUGUGGAGCAAACAUGCACACAGAGAGUAGGCAAAGCGAUGACAGGAAGAGGCGUGGGGCGGGGCUGGAAAGUUUUGGCCUGGAGAGGUGGGAGGAGUGUCCUGUUCUCCCUCCUCCCGGGGCAGUUCCACCCACCCCGGUGGCCCAGGCCAUCCACUUGUGCCAAGGAAUGUGCCUGGGAGAGGCGGCCUGAGAGGCGGGAGGGGCAGCAAAGCUGCGGCCACCCGGAAGCAGCGCACAGGUCAACGUGGAGGUGCCGGGCCACCAUGCUCAGUCUCAAGCUGCCCCAACUCCUUCGCAUCCACCAGGUCCCCAGGGUGUUCUGGGAAGAUGGUAUCAUGUCUGGCUACCGCCGCCCCACCAGCUCGGCCUUGGACUGUGUCCUCAGCUCCUUCCAGAUGACCAACGAGACCGUCAACAUCUGGACUCACUUCCUGCCCACCUGGUACUUCCUGUGGCGCCUCCUGGCGCUGGCGGGAGGCCAGGGGUUCCGGUCGGAGCCCUACCACUGGCCGCUGCUCGUCUUCCUGCUGCCCGCCUGCCUCUACCCGUUUGCGUCGUGCUGCGCGCACACCUUCAGCUCCAUGUCACCCCGCGCGCGUCACAUCUGCUACUUCCUGGACUACGGCGCGCUCAGCCUCUACAGCCUGGGCUGCGCCUUCCCCUAUGCCGCCUACUCCAUGCCGGCCUCCUGGCUGCACAGCCGCCUGCACCAGCUAUUUGUGCCCGCCGCCGCACUCAAUUCUUUCCUGUGCACCGGCCUCUCCUGCUACUCCCGGUUCCCCGAGCUAGAAAGCCCUGCACUCAGUAAGAUCCUCCGCACGACCGCCUUCACCUAUCCCUUUCUGUUCGACAACCUCCCGCUCUUCUAUCGGCUCGUACUGUGCUGGGGCAGGGGCCACAGCUGUGGGCAGGAGGCACUGAGCACCAGCCACGGCUACCACCUCUUCUGCGCGUUGCUCACUGGCUUCCUCUUUGCCUCCCACCUGCCUGAGCGGCUGGCACCAGGACGCUUUGAUUACAUCGGCCACAGCCACCAGCUAUUCCACAUCUGUGCAGUGAUGGGCACGCACUUCCAGCUGGAGGCGGUGCUGGCUGAUAUGGGAUCUCGCCGAGCCUGGCUGGCCAUGCAGGAACCGCCGCUGGGCCUGGCGGGCACAGUGGCCACACUGGGCUUGGCGGUGGCCGGGAACCUGCUCAUCAUCGCUGCUUUCACAGCUUCCCUAUUUCGGGCUCCCAGUGCGUGCCCCCUGCUGCAGGGUGGCCCGCUGGAGGGGAAUGCAAAGGCCAAACUACAGUGAAGCCCCAGCUCUGAGCCUGCCUUGGAGGGAAGCAGAGCCCAGGCCUCCCCGCCCCGUGCUGGGGAGGAGCCCAGACCCAGGCCUGAUCAGAUGGGGGCACUUCUGAGCCUGGAACCAAGAGGAGUGGCUGAGGAGAGAGGAGUGCGGAGAUCAGAAGGCAGAGGAGCGGAGAGGGGCUGGGGGGCUGGUAGAGAGCAAGAGGGU